UGUAGAGGAAAUAUGAGUUUGUGCUUCUGUAAUCAUUUCCAGUUUUGAACUCGCAUUCUGUAAUGAUGCGAGGAUCCGUCCCAUUGAUGGUGAUCACUGCCGCUCUGAUAGCUUAUUAUGUGUACAUUCCAAUUCCCAACACGGUUUCCGAACCCUGGAAACUGAUGCUGUUGGAUGCGACGUUUCGAGGAGUACAGGAUAUGUGUCAUCUGGUGCAGCAGAUGGGACUUGGUCACCACCUAAAGGCUCUGAAUUUUGUCAUUACUGUGUUUGAGAUGCUUGCUCCUCAAUCAAGUGAAACAGUUGAAGUUACGGAUACGUCAUUUGAUGGAGUACAAGUCAGAGUAUUUGAACCCAAGAAGAAGGUUGACGAUGAACUAAAGCGAAGCAUUAUUUACAUACACGGUGGAGGUUGGGCUUUAGGAAGUGCAAGAAUGCGAUCGUAUGAUCACCUUUGUCGGAAGAUGGCAAAAGAUAUGAAUGCUGUUCUUGUCUCUAUUGAAUAUCGGCUUGUCCCAGAGGUUCAUUUCCCUGAGCAGUUUAAUGAUGCUUACAGUGCCACCAAGCAUUUCCUACAGCCUGAGAUUUUGUCCCAGUAUUCAGUGGAUCCAAAUCGAAUUGCAGUAUCUGGUGACAGUGCUGGAGGAAACUUAGCUGCUGCUGUAACUCAGCAGCUUGUUGCAGACAGCAGCAUCAACAUCCAAAUCAAACUUCAAGCUCUCAUAUAUCCAGUACUUCAGGCUCUUGACUUCAAUACUCCUUCCUACCAACAGAAUAUGGCUACACCUAUCCUCUACAAACAUGUUAUGGCCCGUUUUUGGCUAGAGUACCUGAAUGGUGACCCUAGUUUUGUCCAGGCAAUGUUGGUCAACAACCACACAGCUUCAAACCUAAGUCAGUUGACUUCUAUACGUGCUCACUUAAACUGGACAAAUCUUCUACCACAAUCCUUUAUUAAAAACUACAAACCGGUUAUCCAGGUAAUGGGAAGUCCACAGGUUAUAAAGGCAUUGCCAGCAUUACUGGACCCGAGAGCAGCUCCAUUAAUUGCAGAUAAAGAAAUCCUGCAGUUAUUACCAAGAGCCUACAUCCUGACCUGCGAACAUGAUAUUCUAAGAGAUGAUGGAAUAAUGUAUGCAAAACGUUUAGAAGAUGCUGGAAUAGAAGUGACUGUUGACCAUUAUGAAGAUGGGUUUCAUGGUGCCAUGAUAUUUGCACUUCCACCUACCAACUUUGAUGUGGGAAACAGGAUCAUGAACAAUUAUAUAAACUGGUUAGACAAAAAUUUGUAAACCUUUAAUUGGGGUUGGGAAGUUGCAAUAGUAAAUGUUAACUACAAGACUUUCUUUUAAAGUAAACCUACGUAUUUAUGCAAUGCAAUGCAACAAACCAAUGCAGAUUUGUAUUCUAGAAUUACCAAAAGCCUUGUUGGGAUUGAUCAGAUUACAAUGUAUAUUCUCUGUGCUGCUACAGAUCUUGUGUAAUACAGGCUAAAAUAGCUUUGUUAGCCCUUGACAACAUAGCAUGGAGCUGGAGAAACACAGCAGGCCAGGCAGCAUCAAAGCAGCAGGAAAGUUGUCCCUCCAGCUCCAUACUGUGUUGUCUCUGACGCUAGUAUCUGCAGUUCUUGCUAUCUCUUUGUGAGCCCUUAGUAAGGUUUUGAAUAAUAAUCAAGUAAUACUGCUUGGUAUCUAAUAUACUAAGGUUUGUGUAUGUGUAACGAAAUAUUCAUUAGAUCAGCAAUGCUUUGCGAUAAUCUUCAUUGUUAAUGAUCAGUGGGAGUAUAGAGAUAAAAACCAAAAGAACUGCGGAUGCUGUAAAUCAGGAACAAAAAUAAAGUUGCUGGAAAAGCUCAGCAGGUCCGGAGACCGUUCUGAGGAAGGGUGCCUGGACCCAAAACAUUAACUGUUUUUUUCCUUCACAGAGGCUGCUAGACUUGUUGAGCUUUCACAGUAUAGAGAUACAUUGAUAUGUACAUUUGAAUAAAAUAAAAUAAUCAAACCAGAGUACUUAUUUGAAAUGCUGGAACUCCCACAAAAUCCAAUUUAAUGGGCUCAAAAAAAUUAUUAAAUUUCAAAAUUUGAAAAGAACCGUCCUGACACAUGUACCAGAGGAAAAUUUACUUGUUUUUCUGUACAAAAUCUACAAAUUAUGUUGAAUAGCUAUAAAUUGAAGUUAUAGAUUAUGAUAAAUCUGCACUUUUUUUUCAACUGCCAAAAUUGCUCAUCUCCUUAUCAACAAUCUGUACAGUGUCUGAUAGAAGCAACAUUUGCCUGGUCUGUCUUGUCUAGUAAGUUAACAUCCACACUUUAAGUAUCUUUUAACUGUAGUGGAAUCACCACUAUUUUUAUUGAUUAAUAUGCUGGAAUGGCAAUUAAAAGCUUUCCAAAAAGAAAAUGUCCCCAAAAAUUGAGCAAAAUUAUUAUUUUGAAAUUAUGCAAUGUUUCAAUGGCUUAAAAACCACUGAAGAUCACUAUUUCCUGUCACCUAAACUGCCAGUGAGAUUAGUGCUUUGAAAUCACGUUUUGUUCAAUAUCCAGUAUUUUUCAAAUUGUUCCAUCAGCUUAUACAAUGGUUUUUUUUCUUGACAAUAUUUGAAAUGGGUCUGUCAGGACUGUAUUACAGACUAUAUUACAGUAUUCAAUGAUUUUUGUCUAAAAUAAGUUAUACUAAACAGUAUAUUUAGCAAUGUAUUGUGCGAUUGUUCUAAAUUCUUUUGAUCAUGCUAAUAAGCUAUUUUAAAAAGGAUCAAUUAAUUUGCUGUUUAGAAAAAUGUUCGUAUUGUUAAUUGCUUGGUAAAACAUAACAGUAGUCCUAUCCCAGUGAGCUUUGAUUGGGUACAAGUUCUUUUUGUUUGAUACUCCUCGUGGGCCUUCCUGUUGGCAAUGGAUGCCCCAUGACAGUAGCGCCACCUGUGCCUCAUGCAUGUAAAAGAAUGGUUAAUGUAACUGGAAACCUCCACUAUUUAUUUACUACUGCGGAGACUAACUCCUAUAAAGCUUGCCCAUUUAACUGUUUUCUUCACCUCUCCUUGCUACAUCUCACUACACCGCCCAUAUCAUUUCCUCACCUUCUAAAAGUAGUGAGUCAUGCCAGUGUUAACAGGAACAACAGUCAGGGUGAUCAUUACCCCAUAUCAUGGCUAUCCAUGAAGCAGGGGCCUAAAUGCUUUGAUUAUUUUUGAUUAAAUUCAAUUGUGGUGUCUUCCUAGACAUUAAACCUCAAGAUUAUAAUAUGAGCAACCUGCUGAGUCAGCAUAGUUUGUCUCGGUAGUUUUAAUUGUCACCUUAAUUACACAUUACUAUUUUGAAACUGAUUAAAACUAGUCACAGAAAUGGAAGUUGCUGUAGAAAGAUCUUGGGUAUCAGUGGAAAAAUGAAAAACAGUUAACAUUUUGAGUCCGGUUACCCUCUUCAGAACAGUAUUUUCAAGAAGACUUAAGUGUUGGUUUUAGCAUUUCGGCAUCUGCCAAAACAACCUUGGGUGUGGUAAAUCCCUAAAUUAGAAAUAUACUUUGUUCAGAAUUCCUAGUUUUGGCACUUAAUACUUUCACUUUAGGAUAGGAUUACGUUGAGAAACAUGACUUAUGGACAAGUGGAAUACAAACACCAAACUCAGCGGCUGAAAAUAAAACAAUGUUACAGUGCUAAAUUUUACCAGUUUGAUUGGAAAAAGAUGAAAGUUAGAAUUGAUUAAAAUGUAAAUGAAAUUUACAGAGCUAAAGACAUCUCCGUAUACAUAAUGAUUUAUUUGUUUAAUGUAAUUGUUUACAUUUGUACCAACCAGUGUUUGUACGCUGACAUUCAGGAGCAGAGUAACAAAUAGAACUAUUCACGUACAGCAAUGAAAUUUUUGUGUUAUUUAUUUAACUACUAGGGGAAAAAAUUUAAAAAAUUAUUUUAAGUAAAUAUAGAAAGCAACAAUGUCAAUUUUACAUAGAAUGUGGUACUGUAUCAGGUAUAUAUAAAGAAAGACAUCAUUGGAACUUGCCUCUGAUAUUAUUUGAAGAUCAUAUUCAGAUUUUGACCUAUCAUGUAACUUUUUAUAAAGUAUUGACAGGAUGUGGGUUAUAACAGAACAAUAUAAGCAAACUAAUUGUGUUUUUUUAAAUUAGCUAUCUACGUAAUUCAUGUGCAUUCAGAUAUCAGAAGGUUUGUAACCUUCACAUUCCCAAGAUUCUGCAAUCUUGUCUAAGUAUAGGAUAUAUAUUGAAAAUUAAAGAUCAUGAUUCCACCUGGUGAUUUUUAAGCUCCUUAAUAAGAUGAUUCUGUAGAUGAAGACCCCUCCCAGUCACUUGAGCUGUCAGGACAAGUUAUUUUAAAGAGACAAGAUUCAAUAAUACAUUUCCAUCUUAAACUAGAUAGUCUGUUCAAACAAGUAAUCCGUGAAUCCCAUUGUCAGACACAUGACUAAUAUACUUUACCAUUUGUUGUUUAAAAUGUCACUAAGAGGUCACACCUUUUUUUUAAAAAACGGUAACAGCAAUGAACAGCAGAACUCUGCUCAGAUUGUCCAGCUACUUUGCACUUAUGAACAAAAUGAAAUGUUUCCUUUCUCAAAAGGGCCCGAUGUGAGUCUUAAAAGUUAUGCAACUGAAAUUACAAUGUUUUUAAUUUGACUGUGUGUUGUGACUUACUGUUUUAAAACUUCAUUUUUCUUUAAUUGUAUUCUGACUGUACACAAUGUAAAGUGCACUUUAAACAAAACAAAUAAAAUGUAAAAAUUGGCCACUG